GCGCUGGCACAACUUUGACAGCAUUCACCCACAGGCUCGCUUGACCACCAGCCUUGAACAUGGUUUCAGCCACAUCUCUUGUAGCCUUGCUCUUUGCAGCAUGUGCUGCUGCACAAAGUGUAACGCCGGCUCCUACGUCUACUAGUUCAUCGAAGCCAACAAUCACCGCGGUGUCGGAUUGCCAUCCCCAUGGCACCGUGAACUGGUGUAUGGUCGGAACCGAAGAGUACCAGGUUGUCGGGCCCACGAGGACCCAGGACAUGCAACCACAGUACACCGACUGCCAUACACACGGAACCCAGACAUACUGUGUUGAUGAUGCGGGCGAGGAUGUUCAAAUCCUGGUUGAAGCAGCCACAACAGGCGCUGAGAGCACUCCUACUGGGACUGCAGGGCACAGCGAUGGACAUAGCGACGGCCAUGCUUCAGAAGAGCCCGCUGGUUCUGGCGAGCACUGCCACGACCAUGCUGGAAUCCCUCACUGCGUUGGUGGUAGCACAGAGGAGAAAUCCUGCGAUGCACCUAACCGCGAAUACAACAUCCCGCUUCGCGUGGGCUUGCUCUUCGUUAUCCUCGUGACCAGCGCCUUUGGAGUGUUCAUGCCAAUUCUCACCACCCGCUUCAACAUCAUCUCGCAGACGAACAUCAUCUUCGUCAUCCUGAAGCAGUUCGGCACGGGCAUUGUUAUCUCGACUGCCUUUGUCCAUCUCUUCACCCACGCAGACUUGAUGUUCAGUAACUCCUGCCUCGGCGAGCUUCAAUAUGAAGGCACUACAGCUGCCAUCUUCAUGGCUGGUCUCUUCCUAUCUUUCCUUGUCGACUACCUCGGUGCUCGCUUCGUGCAGUGGCGCCAGAACAAGCACGUCAGUGGCAGCGCAGAAGUGCCAGCUGCUACAGGCGACGACAAAUCUGCCGGAUCCGGAACGGCUUCCCAGGAUACCGACGUCUUGCGUGGUCAUGGUCACGGUCACGCCCACGGGGUAGCGCGCGAACCUACACCAAUGGAGGAGAAGAUCAAUGUCAUGAACUUGGAGGCUGGUAUCAUCUUCCACUCUAUUCUCAUUGGUAUCACACUUGUUGUUUCCGGCGACAACUUCUUCAUCACGCUGUUCAUCGUCAUCCUCUUUCACCAAAUGUUCGAGGGUAUCGCGCUUGGAACUUGCAUUGCCGAACUGCCAAGGGCCGCUGCCAACACGAUGCAGAAAUGCAUCAUGGCCGGUACCUUUGCGCUCAUCACGCCCAUCGGCAUGGCUAUUGGUAUUGGUGUGCUUAAGAAAUUCAACGGCAACGACCCCAGCACUAUCGUUGCGAUUGGUACGCUUGAUGCGCUCUCCGCGGGUAUCCUCGCGUGGGUUGGUAUCGUUGAGAUGUUGGCGAGAGAUUGGAUGCAAGGAAAGUUGUUGAAUGCUGGCGUGGUGAGGACAGUUUGCGCCAUGUUCGCGCUCAUCUGCGGUUUAAUCCUGAUGAGUGUUCUCGGCAAGUGGGCGUAAUCGAAUUUACAAUGACUGUACGGACUGAUAUGAAUUAUGGCAUUGCAUUUGCAGCGGGAUAUAAAUACGGCACCAUAUAGACUAUACCAACCUCAACGUUUGAGCGGAA